CCGAACCGUUUAAAGAUUAAGUGCCAGAGAUGAUGAAUUAAAGCCUGGUGUAGCAUUUCCUUCAGACUCUUGAAAUCAAACUCUCUUAAGAUUACUCGUGGGGUGAUGGCGCUUGAGGAUUUUAAGUAACCAUAGAAACAAUGUUGCCCCCAAAGUACAUAUUCGCUUUGUUUGUUAUAUUAGCACUAGUGGGAUCAAUUCACUGUGAAAAACAAACACAGCCCGAUAAAGGAAACAAGGCGUCCAACGUUUUAGGACAAUCAAAUCACGAUUUUACUGUAGCCGAUAUUCAGAGUACUACGCAAAGAACGCAGAUAAAGAGAUCAGUUCACGUCCAAAGAAAGGAUAAUAUCGCAUUUAAUGACGCUUGUGGAACUUGUGGCGAGCCUCCCCCACCACCUCCUCCCCCUCCCCCGCCUCCUCCUCCUCCGCCACCACCACCCCCUCCCCCUCCCCCACCCCCUCCUCCACCACCACCACCUCCUAAAGAAGACGACGUCGUACAAGGACCUCUCGUUGAUACGCCUUGGUGGCCGGACUGGCUAGAAGAGAAUCACCCACUGCAACACGAUCAUGAGAAUCAGGGACACUAAUCCAGAACGUUGAUGGAAUUCUCUCUCGAAUAGAUGCUACAUGCUUUGGAUACAAAGGAACAAACCGACACAAAAUUACGACCAGAAAAUUAGGGAUAUUAGUGACUCUCCGCAAAAAUAGAUGCCGUUAGUUGCUACGAUAACCGCCUUCCUGGAAUAAGCGCCUUCCUGGAAUAAAUGCCUUCCUGGAAUAACCGCCUUCCUGGAAUAAAUGCCUUCCUGGAAUAAGCGCCUUCCUGGAAUAAUCGCUUUUUCUAGAAGGAUAAUAUGAAUAAGAGGGGAAAAUCACUCCAACAAAUCCAAUAUCAAUCAGCCAAGGUGCUGCAAUAAGUGAAGGUUGGAUUGGUUUCAAUGGACAAAGGCGGACGUUAAAACGGCGUAUAAUACUAGGGACCUUAAGCAAGGACGACGACGACGGCUACGACAACGAGAUCGGGAAAGAUGUUUUCGCGCGUGGCGAUCAAUAAUAAUUUAAUUGCAAUGGAAUAAGCAAAACAUUAUAGUCAGGGACAGAUAAAAAUAAACUAUGGAUAUUAUUUCUACAGCAGCGAACGUAGUUAGUGGUUUUACGGAAAACGUAAAACCACUAACUACGUCGUGGUUUUACGGAAAACGGCUGAAAUGUAUAAGACAGAACGCAUUUCCACGUGCUGCUAUUUAAUUCUGAAUCAAAUUCCAUUUUUUUUUCUGUCGUCGGCGUCCGCGUUGUCGUUGUCGUUGCUUAAGGUCCCUACUAACGCUUAGUAUACAAACUGUUACUAUACUUAUAUAUACAUGACCCGUCAUGUAAGAACGCGCGCUCUGAUUAGUUCGCUAUCUCGGAAUAAUGGAUAGGUUUUACCGCUAAAAGUCAGAAUAAUAAGUCGAAUGUAGACAAACUAAACAAUGUAAGAUAAACAAAGUUGUUAAUUCUAUAACAUAAUGAUAAUGAUAAAAAUAACAGCAAA